AUGACCGACCUUGAGAGCAGAGAAAAGAAACGAGGUCCUCCGCCAAAGCUGCAGCCGAUCAAUAUCGGACAGCCAAAGGACAAGGAAGCCCACCUCGCAGACUACUUUGGGGAAGGGAGUCUUCCGUUCGCCACCACACCGUCCCUCAACAUACGCCCUCCAAAACGAACCAUCUUCUCCAAAGUCACCACAAACACCAAUACCAACACUAACAUCAGCAGCCAUUCUGUCGCAAUUGGCACUGCUACCUCAAACACUAAUACCCGCGACACCUCUGGCUCCAACUCCAGUAACACAGGUGUCAGUUUCGAUUCAAAGGACCCUUCGUCAAUACAACAACCCUCAACAGCAACAAUCCCUCGAUCUGUCCAUCACAUCGUCACUACUUCCUCUGACCGGGAGUCAGGAACAGAAGCUGUCAAGUCUUCGCAGUCUCUUGGGAAUGCCAAUGUAGCAGACACGGCUUCGGAACCUAUGAUCCUCCACAGAGUUCGGUCCUCAUCGAGGUUGAGUCGUCAGGAACCUUUUCAGAAGAAAGAAUUUACAUCCCCACCUGAAUCGGACAAGCCAGCUUUGACGGAGGUCGUGAGUACCAUUUCCGAGCCCAAGGUCGCAUUUGCGCCACCUCCAAGCAGGAUAUCCAGGAACCCGGAAGGAAAGGAGAACCUCACACCGCGGACAUCAUUAACUUCUCGAUCGUAUCUCAGAAAGUCCAUCCCGUCCAAAUCAACAGCACCCCGGAAAUCGUUCAAUUGGGGUCCUGCACAGAGAGAAGUUGGGGAGUCUGCCGACAAGGAAGAGUCAAAAGGAUCUACGCCUAACGACGAUGAACAUGCUAUACCCCCAACAGUCGAACAGAACACGGACACGGCAGCAGCAACAGUAGCGGUGGCAUCGGGAGCGACAGUACCAAGCACGCCAGACGACUCUGGAACUUCAUCAGUGGAUUUGGCUCUUCAGGAUCUGCAAGUGGACGAUGCGGCGGCAGGGUCAGGAACGAACUCAGAACUGGCUCGUGGCCGUCAGGGUGUUAAGCGCGACAUGGAUGAGGCUGGUUCCUCAGCCAAACGGCGGAAAGAAUUUCAUCCGCAGGAGGAUUCAUCGCGUCUGGCCAUCAAAAGGACUAGUUUCGGGACCUUGCCAAGCCCUCCAUCACCUCGCCUAAGUACGACAGUACCAUCACAUGCAUCUGAGCAGUUCGCUUUCACAAACGAGAAACCCAAGUCGAGCGAUGAAGCAACACCUGUACAGAGGAGAGAAGAGCGCGAAUCGAUCGAGCGGAAACACGCAGCACCAAAAUCACCCCAGGCUAUCAAGGCGGCGUUUCACUUUCCUCCUCUCGGAUCGUCUCAACCUUCCUCAAACCCGGCUGCCCAACAACAACAGCACCAACAACAGCAGCACCAACAACAGCAGCACCAACAACAGCAACAGCAGCAGCAGCAGCCACAGCCAUCUCAACCACCACAACAGCAGCGUCCGCAGCAUGGAGACGGGAUUGCAUCGAUCGUGCAGAAUCUGGUUGUGGGCGCUCCCAAGACAAAUCCACGGCCUUCCGUCAACCAACCCGAGACCCAGGGGCGUUCAGGAAGCGGAACGAUGUCGCCUCCAUUUACUACUGCGUCGCUGUCCGUCAAUACAAGCAGCAGUCGAGGAGAUCUAGGCUAUCGAACCGUCAUGAUGGUCAACAACAGACCUUACACAAAGCUGGCGCAGGUCGGCAAAGGAGGCAGUUCCAAGGUGUACAAAGUCCUGGCAAGCAACUCUAGAGUCCUUGCGUUGAAAAAAGUUUCCUUUGAGAACGCGGAUCAAUCGACUAUCAACGGCUAUGUGAACGAGAUCAGGCUGCUAAGGAGAAUGGUCAAUUCUUCGCGGAUCAUUCGACUCUGGGACGCCGAAGUCAAUAACGCCAAAGGAUACCUUUCUCUGGUUAUGGAGUUUGGUGAGAUCGAUUUGGCGCAUAUGCUUCAGCACCAACAAACCCAGUCCUUCGACCUUCACUUCAUCGGACUUUAUUGGCGCCAGAUGCUUGAGGCGGUACAGGUGGUGCAUGAUUUGAAGAUUGUGCACUCGGAUCUAAAACCGGCCAACUUCUUGCUAGUGGGAGGAUCGCUGAAGCUGAUUGAUUUUGGAAUCGCCAAUGCGAUCGCGAACGACACGACCAACAUCCAUCGGGAGGGGCAAUUCGGAACAGCAAACUACAUGUCGCCUGAGGCAAUCUCGUCCAACCCGCAAGCAGGAGGGUGUCGGAAACUGGGUAAACCGUCAGAUGUCUGGUCGUUGGGCUGUAUCCUCUACCAGAUGGUCUAUGGCAAAUCACCCUUCUCGGAUGUCAUCAAUGUGUUCCAGAAGUUGAACGUUAUUACUAACCCGGACUACCAGAUCAAGUUCGCGCCGACCGUUCGAUCGCCACUUCGCCUCGGUGAGCCACAAUCCAGCCCGCUUCCUCCGGCACCACCGUCUGCACCAGGAGCAACAGGAUGGGAUGGAUCCAAUACAGGAUCGACUUCCCUGGGAUCAGAUACGUCUUCGUCACUACCAGAUUCAACACCGACGGCUCCUACUAUCGUCGACAUUGACCCUAAUUUAAUCCGCGUCAUGAAAGGUUGUCUCGCCUACAAUGUCACCGACCGCUUGACUAUCCCCGAUCUCCUCGCCGACCCCUUCCUGCACCCUUACAUUUCUGCACCCCCUGACUCUUCUUCGCCCUUGCCGUCCUCCUCGGGAGCGGGAACUGGAACAGGGACAGGAGAAUCGGUGAUGAUGGAUGUUGACACGCUUCAUCAAGUCAUGCAAGCGUCUAUGGUCUUUGCCGCCAACCAUGUCACAUCCCAAGGCAACGGUAGUAGUAGUAAUACCAGUGCAGCAAUAGCGAUUGACAAAGUGGUUGUCCAAUCUGCAACGGAACAAGUCUGGCGCCAGCUUCAGGCCAAGAAGAAGGCUGGCUCUACUACUGGUGGUGGUAACAGAUUCUUUAUCUCGGACUAG